AUGUCACAGCGCGACAGGAUGGAGGACGCGUUUGCAAAGCUAAUCUACUGCAACACGCAGACAGCGUUCGAUACAGAGUUAGCAACAUUCACAAGAACGUGCGAGGAGAAGUGCCCCAAGCUACUUGCUUAUUUUUUGCGGAAUUGGAAAACGUGCGAUUCGAUGUGGGCAAAUUAUCUCCGUGGGAAGUACUUCUCUGCAGGCAAUACCACCACCAAUCGAAUUGAGUCCAAUUGGAAUCAGCUCACCAAGCGACAGUUAUUCGACAGCUACUUGCUUCAAUUCGCAAGCACUCGAUGGCUUCGCGGCAACCUGACUCUGUGCCAGACUCCCUGGUAG